CGCGGUUUGGCGGCCAUUUUGUAAUUUCUGGAAGAUAGCCUAUAUUAAAAUGGGGAGACGAAGAUCAAAACGAAAAGCUCCUUCUAAAAAGAGAAACGAUCCUUUAGAAAGCCAGUUCAAUUGUCCGUUCUGUAAUCACGAAAAGUCCUGCGAUGUGAAAAUGUAAGUAUACAAAGAACCACAAGUAGAUGCUGCCAUCAUUGCCAAUGCCACAUUGCCAUGUGACUCAGUUUAUUUAUAAGUUUAUUGGUUGAUGGUCUGUGAGCACGUGCCUGUGAAAAUCGGUUCUUACACAUAGAAGAUUUUUGAUGUUGUUUCUUUCCAAGUUUGACUUAUUUAUUAUUGAGCAGCAGUGGUAGUCAGUGAGAUGAAGAGAUGUAUGUGCAAAGCAACAUUUUUAUACAGGCAGUGUGUUGACUGUUGAGUCUGAUAAAUUGCAUGGACUAGCUAUGAAGUAGAGUACUGUUGUUACGCCUUCUUGGUCUAUAGUUAUAGGCAUUUAUACAUCGGACAUUUUGCUAACAUGUUCACUUCGUGUCCAGAAUUUAGGAAUUCCGAAUUGCCUAACUAUUUAAAGGGGCCACGUCCAUAUUCAUGUUGCCAUGCAUAACGUCGAAUUGACGUUAUCACCAGUACCCACCCACCCACCUCAAAUAACGUCGAUCGUUACCCUGUCGUAUUUUGACCGCUAAAAGAGCUCAAAAUCAAAAUGGCAAAACUGCCUCUUACAAAAUAUGGUAUUAAAAUGCUGAGGCUUCAAUUCAAAGUUAUUGACUAUUGUACUUGCUUUCGUUGGCACCAAUUAAUGUAGGAUCUUUAUUAUAAAAUAUGAGAAGUUUUAUAGGAUAUGUUUUAAUGGGUCGUUCCAGGAAAGAUCUAUACUCCCCCCCACAGAGGAAAUUUCUGCCGUCCGGAGGGGGAGGGGAGAAAAAAUUGUUUCUGAUAAUAGUAAAUGUAUUAGGACAUCCGAAGGGGGUUGGGGAGUUAACUUCCUAUUCCCUCCGUGGGGGUGGUAUGGAUGUUUUCUGGAAUGACCCAUUAUUAUUUUCAUACUGAACUAUUCGUCUCGCAGAAAAAUGUCGCGAUUCGCGAACACAAAUUGACGGGUAUUUGACACAAAAAAUUGGCACUUCAAUACUUCGACCUUUGUUUUGACCUCUGUUAGUUGAAAUAAUAUAAUACUGGCAAAACUUGCACGGCAAACAUGAAAUAGGCCAAAAAAAAAAUAUGUGGGUUUCCGGUUUCCCGACCCUACCUAGCUUUUGGACGUCGAAAUCCCGACCCUAAACUUUUUUAUUGGAUCAUGGUUGUAAGUGUUUCCACUUAGAGGAAAAAGUUUGUGGAAAAUUGAAAUUUGAGGCAAUAUUAGGGAAAUUUAUCUUUGGAUGUGGAAGCACUGACUAAACAAAAUGGCGUCCGCUUGUUCGGAAAAUUAAAAAAAAAGUUUAAAAAAAAAAGUUAAAACCGACCUACCCUACCUAAGUUUUUAUAAGAAGAAACCGGAAACCCACAUAUUUUUUUUUUGGCCAUAUUUAAACUUCGAUCUGUUCGGAUGUAAAUAGUCAAAUUGCCACGAGAUAAUGUUGAGGAGUUGGAUUAGCUCACAGUCGGACCAGGUAUGGAAAUACCGUAAUAAAGAUGCAAAUUUGAAAAUGACACUCUAAAUAGUGUUUGUGAUAGCGAUUCGAACAAGACUAUUACAAAGAAGAUACGUCCGAAGGGGCUGAAGUUAUGCUCCGGGAAAGGUAUGGCUAGUCUAUAUUAUUACGAUCUAGCUUGACUUUUGAAGGCCAUAAAUAAUGAUAAUAAUAAAAUCUUUAUUUAAUUUAAAUUAAACUGCAUACGAUGACCGCUGGUAUUAAUACAAGUGCAAUAAAUCGCUACAAUGUUGGCAAAGACAAACUAUCAUGAGGAAUUAGUUGAUAUUGUUUCACUGAAUCGAGUGGUGGUAUUAUUUAUUGUCUUCAUAGCAUGCACUGAACCGAAGAUUUAAACAUACAAAGUCGUCAGCUUCUAGAAGUUGACAUGCAUGGGACUUGUCGAGAAAAAGUUAAACCACCUUGCAAUUCCAUUCACAAAUGUGUUUAAUCAUCUAGAAUAUUUUCUCUGAAAUGUCAUUUUUUAUGCUUGGCAUAUGAUUUAUAACAAAAUGUACCAUUAAAUUAAUGUUUUGAAAGCCUGAAAUUUCUUACAAAAUGUGCUCUCAGAAUGCUGCAAAUUUUAAAAAUUUUCUAGGGGAGCAUUCCCCCAUACCCCCCCUAGAAAUAUUGUGCCUUCGGCACUCGCCCCCCUCCCAAUAUUUCGCCCUGGCUGUUAAAUUUUAUGCCUCAUGAGCAUUCAUAUCCAUGACAAAACAAUCCUCUGGAAAUGGUGCAUUCCAUUUUAUGCCAGAGAUUUACCAAUUUUUGCAGACACUAUAAAAGCUAUUGUUGAAUGUUGAUGUUCUUAAAGCCAUUUUGUUAAUAAAGGUCAAGAAACAAAUUUCUGCCUACCAAUUCCUUUAUUAGUGUUCUCAAGCAAAUAUGCAACAAUUCCUAUGAAUAGGACUGAGCCAACGUUACAUAAUGUACAAAUUCAUGCCCUGCCCGGCCUGUCUUCCAAUGCCUUCCUGGGUUCCAAUGAGUGUAAUUGUGUAAAUAAAAGUUGUCUCGUUAAAAAUGGAUGUAUGUUGCCUUUGCCAACAGUAAAGCGCUAUCGGUGAAGAACGUUAGUGAAGUAAUCUCCCUUUUAAAACAAAAUCAUUUAAAAUUAGUAACCAUUGGUCACUAGUAAUCUUACUCUAGUUGUUGGCUGUUGAGUCUCCUGUUGUUAUUGUAAUUUGUAACAAUGAGAGACAUACUCUGUGCUUAGUUGGAUGGGUGGGUCAGGAAUGUCAAAACGUAUUAUAACCAGUAUCGAGAAGUGGGAUAACAGAUUCUCAUGUAGGAGGCGACACUUUGAAUCCUGGCGUUCCAGUGGGAUACUAAAAAAAUUUCAAUUUCAGCCCCUGAUUAUACAAAUAAUUGAUAAAGAAGAAUGGUAAUAAUAAAAAAAUUCUUAUUUUUUCUGCAGGGAUCGUCCUCGCAACACUGCAAGGAUUGCCUGUCGAGUUUGUCUUGAAGAUUUUCAAACAUCAAUAACAUGUAUCCUUUUAAUUGUUUUAAUAUCAAUUUAUACUAACCCAGCAUUGGAGAAAUUUCUGACCAUGUAUCUAGAUAGGAAUAAAAUGGUAAGCAAGCGUGGCGCUGGACUGGACGGCGCGAUAGCGUGCAGGCACAUGCAAGCACAUGUAAAUAUGUAAACAGUUAUUCUGCGAACUCGAGUCGUAUAUGAGCUGAUAGCCGACGAGGUGCGUAUCAGUCAUAUACGACGAGAGUGAGUAGAAUAACUGUUUAUAGACAACUGCUGCAUUUACACACUCUUCAGUAUGGCAAUAUGUUGACAAUUAGUUUGGCAAUUUACACAACCUCAUAGCCUAAACCUGAGAAAACACUGCUGCUAGUUUUUUAAAUCAGUACUUCGAACAUGAAAUUUUUUUUAUUUAAAGUGGAAGUCAAGUCCGUAAUGUAAACAAACGGUUUGUUUACAUUUUGAACUGCUGUAUUUUUUAAAAUAUGAUGUACUGUCUGAAUAUCUAACACCAUUUUGGUUCGCUAUGCUUCUAAAUGAAUAUGAAAUAGAGUUUAUGUUCAGAAAAAUUCGAAACAUUCGAAAUUUGGGCAAUGUUCACAUUAGAGGUCCUCACAUUGUUAUGAGCAGAACCGAUGCGCAGAACGGACUUGACUUCCACUUUAAUAUUUUUUUAGACAAAACAAGUGCUUGUCGACUUUACAGAAAUUCUAUAAAGAGUUUUCGCUUUUAAAUCAGUUUUGUCAAAAAAUUAUAUUCUGAUUCUUGUUCAUGUUUUUAUCUUCGACUUCGCUCUUUCGAGUUUUGUUUUAAAUACUUUAUUGGAUAGUGACCAAACGGUAGGAGUGCGAACGGGACUCGAGGUCCCAUGCGAGGCACUCCUCCGAUUAAAGAUACAACAACAGACAAUACAUGUAGAAUAAAAUAUACAUAACUACAGUCAUAAAUAAACAUAUGCCACCAACUCGAAAAUCAAAGCUAAGAUUUAUCAUGCUUAAAAAUUUCGUUUCGGUAUUAUUCGGUAUUAUUUUUUUCAACAAAAUUUUUUUAACCAGUUUAAAUAUAUAAAAAUAGUAUUGGCUAACAUGUAAACAGUUGCUGGGAGUUUUUCAAUGUGUUUUUGUUGCUGUUAAGCCUUAAGGCUAUAAAAAGCGAAUAACUUGCUGUUUUCUCGUUCGCAAAUAGAAAGCCAAUCAGAUUGCAGAAUAGCUUAUAUCCGGUAGCUGUCUAUUUAAUAAAUAUAUUUAUUGAAAAUAAUUCAAGAGUUUUGAUUGGCUAAGAGCUGUCGGUGAAAUCGUCAUAUCCACUCGUUAGCUGCCCAAAUUGAAAUUUGGAGUUAUGACAUCACAGUGGAAUAUUGAAAACAAAUAUACCACGUUUGACGUAAUUUCGUGGUAUAUUGAAAAACAAAGUACACGGCUUCGGCUGAUAACACAAACCUCGGCCUUAAUAAUUAAAAUGGCUCCCUAAUUUGUGCAGUCAUGUCACUCUAUGGUCCCCACAACCAAUAUCUUUUUGCCUUUUUUUAUCAGUCUUAAGUUCCAAGUACUGUUCAUGUUUCUUUAAUGUUGAAUCAGAUCUCUCGGAACCAGUGGAUGUAUAUAGUGAUUGGAUAGAUGCUUGCGAGUCGGCUAACCAAUAGCAAUGGCUUAACUGAUGAAGAGCGUUGUAAAUAAAUGUGGUGUAGAUUGAUCAAUAAACUUUGCUUCAGCAAAGUUAUUUAACAAUAUGUGGCAUGUGCAUAAUGGAGCCUUGUGGAGUCUCUUCAGAGAACUUGUGGUUCUUUCAGGUCUUUCCACUGUUACUAAAGGCCAACAAAUGGCAAUAUGAAACUGUCUUAUGGAGAGGAUAGAUGAACAGCCAAAUGUCGGUUAUCCUCAAAGUGAAAUAUAAAGGCCCAUCUACACUUAUCCUGGCGUAUGUAAUCAAAAUGUCACAUUUAACAAAUUAUUCUUAUAGAAAGGAAUUGUGGCGUCAGCAGUCAUUUUCAUACGCCAGAAUGACAAUCUCAAGACCCGUCUGCACGAUACGACCGGUAGUAUACGAUUCUUACCCUGGAGCCAGUUGCGCAAAGAUGGAUUAGCACUAACUCUCGGUUAAAAUUUGACCUGCUAGCGCUGUUUUAGUUAUGUAUUUCUGCACAUCUGUAUAUUUUAAAAGAAGAAUACUCCUACUGAUC